AGAAAGAAAGAAAUUUCUACACACACAAGUAAAAGCACAUUAUUAUUAUUAUUAUUAUUAUUAUUAUCAUCCUACACUAACUAGAGAGAAAAAGAGGAAGGAAGGAAGGAAGGAAAGAUUGAUUGAUUAUUCAAUUUAAUUCAACUCAAGCGUGAAGUGAGAGAAACCCUGCUCUUUACUCUUUUUCUAUCUGAAUCUCAUCUCAUCUUCUUUUCUUUUUUGUUGUUGUUGUUGUUAUGGAAGAAGAAACCAUCCACUACCCAUCGCCAUCGCCAUCUAGCUCCUCCUCCUCCUCCCAGCUCCUAAUCCUGCGUCUGAUGAGCAAAAGACGAACAUGGGUAUGUCUAUUCGUAACAGUGUACACAAUCUUGCUCUCUUCCUCCUGGAACAUCAUCCGAUCGCUUCUCUCUUGGUACGACGCCAAUUCAUCUCCACCUACUCCUCCGGAUGCCCCUUUUUCUGGCUGGCCCGCGAUUUAUGCCUCCGUCGUUCUCGGGGUUGUCUUUGGACUUCUAUCCAUGGCGGCGGCGCUGGCCGUCGCUGUCCCCGCCACGAUGGUCACUUGGAUCACCGUUUUGGUCUUACUUACUUUCUGUGGCAAGCCUAAACGCCAGUUGGUGGUCGAUGGCAAGAAAUUGACGGCUGAGAUUACUGGGUUUGCUUUCAAGAUCUUGAUUAAGGAAGGGAAUGUCGUCGCCGCUAUUUGUGCCGUUUUGGGCUAUUUUGCUCUCUUUAGACGCGGUGGUGGUGGUGGUGCUGGAAGAGAUGAAAAUAUUAUUGGUGCUUCCUCCUCCUCCUAGCUAACAACCACUUUCAUUUCAAUUUUUAGUUUCGUUUGAUUUUGACAUCAACCAGAAGAUAGAUGAAGAAGAAGAAGAAGAAGCUUAAAGAAAGAGAUUUGGGGGAAACUUAUAAUAAUAAAUUUAAUAUAAUAGUCUCUUUCUCUAUACAGCCUACUACGUACACUACACAAGGAUAAGAAGAGACUUGAACUCUUCCAUUUAUUUUCUUUUUCUUUUUCUUUUUUUGGGUUUUUUUAGGAAGACUUUUUAUUUUUUUAUCUUAUAGGAAUGAAGGAAGACUUAUGAAUUUUCUUUUUUA